AUGUCUUUCUUCGUCAACACUGCUUACAUUUGUAUGGAAAUGAUGUAUAAUCCAUUUAUACUUCUAUUCACUAUCUGGGGAUGGUUCAAAUGGCUCUCAUUGAGUUCAGUUAUUAUUGCUGGAAUCACCUAUUUGGGCUACCUCUUCACACCCGAUUGGAGAGAAAUUGUAGAUAGCAAGCACUACUAUUCGAAUUGGAAGAUUAGAACUUAUUUGUCUUUUCCAUUCAAUAUAGCCUCUCGAAUCGUUGGAGGCCUAGCCAGUCAAGAGCUCCCUGUAUGGCUACGGGAGCCAGUUUUUGGCAUUUUCGCCAAAUUAUACGACUGUAACAUGGAAGAGGCUAUCAAACCAGAUUUGAAGGCUUAUCGAUCUUUCUCCGAAUUCUUUAAUCGUAAGCUGAGAGAGGAAACUCGCCCCAUCAGUAACAGCCCAUUGGUUUCACCUGCUGAUGGUAUCGUUCUUCAUUACGGUAAAGUCGAAGAUGGAAAAAUCGAAUACGUCAAAGGACACGAUUAUGAUGUUGCUUCGUUCCUUGGAGACAUUGAGCUGACUGAUACGGACGAACUUGAUCUUUAUCAAGUCGUAAUCUAUUUAGCUCCUGGAAACUAUCAUGCUUUCCACAGCCCAGCUAGAUGGUCUGCCAGCCAGUGUCGCCAUGUUCCAGGUCUUUUGCUCUCCGUCAAGCCUUCUUUGUUGUGCCAUGUGCCGCACUUGUUUUGUUUGAACGAGCGAGUUGUUCUUAAUGGAUCGUGGAAACAUGGUUUCUUUUCAAUGUCCGCUGUAGCAGCCACGAACGUUGGAGACAUUGUCAUUGAUGCCGAGCCAAACUUGAGGACAAACGUUUUACGUAGAAGAAAAGGCAAGAAAGUUGAGCUUGCUGACGUCCCCAUGUGUGCUUCCUACCAUUCGGGACAACGAGUUGGAGAAUUCAGACUGGGCUCUACUAUUGUUCUGGUUUUCCAAGCUCCUCCUACCAUCAAGUUCUCGAUUAAAGCUGGAGAUCCUCUUCAGUACGGACAGAGCCUCUUGGCCGAAGAU